AUGGCGGCGGCGGGGGCCGGAGCAGCGAGGGAGAAUCGUUUCCGCGGGGUGCGGAAGCGGCCGUGGGGCCGUUUCGCGGCCGAGAUUCGGGACCCGUGGAAGAAGACCCGCAAGUGGCUGGGGACCUUCGACACGGCGGAGGAGGCAGCGCGGGCGUACGACGAGGCUGCCCUCAGCCUCCGCGGCCCCAAGGCGAAGACCAACUUCGGCUCCGCCGGGGAAAUCGAGGCACUGGCGCAGAUCGGAUGGGGUCCGACUCCACGGUGGCGAUCGGGCGCGGUGUCUACGGCGGACGGAAGAGAUCUGGUGUUCGGGCCUCCGCAUCAGGCUGCGGGCGGCGGAUCAGGGCGAUCCGGAUGGCGGUCGGAGGCCGUCGAUGCGGCGGCAACGUGGGCGGAGCUGGAGAAGAAGAGCGCUGCGGCGGCGAAGGGAAGGAAGGCGGACGACGCGGCGGCGGAGGCGGCGAGACCGAAGCCUCCUUUUGCGUUCGAUCUUAACCUGCCGGCUACUUUCUUCUGA